UAAAUUAAUUAAUCUAAUACUCACUUAACCAUAUUAAUUAAUGCCAAAGUACACAUCACACACACUCUCUCAGAUUGAUAGAGGCCUUCUUUUCAUCGCAGACGAAUUUCAAUUUCAAUGGUGCUUGUGAAGGUAGCUGGGAAGUCCCCCGGAGAAAACCUUUGCAUUCAAUUAGAUACCAAAAGGAAAAUUUAUUGGCCAACUAAAAAUCAAUCAGUUUCGGUUUCUGUUUCCUUUUCUCAUUGAAUCCCAAUCCAACUAAAAAUCAUCGAAUUUAUUUUUGUCUGCUCAAGUGAAAAUGAUUUCACAACAACCGUAGUACAGCAUGCUCUGUUCUUCCAUGACCAAACAUGUCUUUCUUCUUCCUCUCUCUCUUCUUCUUUCUCCUUCUCUCCUCUACUCUUUCCCUCCCAUAUGAUACUUCUUACUACAUAGACUGCGGCGGCUCCACUAAAUCUAUCGACCACUUCAACACCACCUGGCUCUCAGACCGCUUCUUCACUGGCGGCCUCACUUCCGUCGUCUCUGAGCCCCUCCACUUCCGCUUCCCUCAAGAGAAGACCCUCCGUUUCUUCCCUCUCUCCUCUGGCAAGAAGAACUGCUACAUUCUUCCACUUCCAAAUGGCCGUUACUACAUCCGUACUUUCACCGUCUAUGAUAACUACGACGGUAAGUCUCAUUCUCCGAGUUUCGAAGUCUCCGUUGAAGGUACUCUUGUUUUCUCCUGGCGCUCCCCCUGGCCCGAGAAUCUCGCUCGUGACGGCGUUUACUCUGAUUUAUUCGGGUUUGUUAAAGAUGGAGAGGUGGAUAUCUGUUUUUACAGCAUUGCCACUGAUCCUCCUGUGAUCGGCUCUCUCGAAAUCCGUCAAAUCAAUCCGCUGUCGUAUGAUUCUGCCAAAAUCGGCAACAAUUUCAUCCUCGUCAACUAUGGCCGUUUAUCCUGCGGCUCCGAACAAUGGGGACCAGGGUUAAGCAACGAUACCGAUGACUUCGGCCGCUCCUGGCAGUCCGAUUCGGAAUUUCGAUCUCCAAGCACCUCAAACAAAUUCCAUUCCUUCUCCACCCGAGAAAAAAUAACCGGCACGGGUCAGGCCCCGAAUUACUUCCCAAUGAAGCUUUACCAGACUGCGGUUGCGGGAAAAGGAGUUUUGGAGUACGAAUUAACGGUGGAUGCGAAAUUGGAUUACUUCUUGUGGUUUCAUUUCGCUGAGAUUGAUUCGACAGUGACGAAGAAGGGGCAGAGAGUUUUUGAUGUGUUGGUGAAUGACAAAAACGUUAGUAGAGUUGAUAUUUAUGCGCAGGUUGGGAGCUUCGCGGCCUAUAGCUUACAGUAUAUGGUGCACAAUCUGAGCAGUACUGCAUUGACUGUGAAGUUAAUGCCGGUAACGGGGGCGCCACUGAUUAGUGGAAUUGAAAAUUAUGCUCUGGUUUCGAACGAUAUAGCCACCGCUCCUGAGCAAGUUGCUGCUAUGAGAGCAUUGAAAGAGUCUCUUCAUGUUCCUGGUAGAAUGGGUUGGAAUGGUGAUCCUUGUGCUCCUACUAAAUGGGAUGCUUGGGAAGGUAUUACCUGCCAUUCCAACAAAGAUGGAACUGCCAUGGUUAUAUCUCAAAUAGAUCUUGGAAGCCAAGGCUUCAAAGGUUACUUGAGUGAUCAGAUUAGUUUUCUGUCAAACUUGGUAAGCCUGAAUUUGAGUUCUAAUUCAUUAGUAGGAACACUUCCAUCAGGACUAGGUCAUAAAUCACUUGUGCAGCUGGAUUUAUCAAACAAUCAGUUCUCUGGACCUAUACCAGAAAGUCUAGCAUCUUCAAGUCUGCAGCUUGUGUUAUUGAAUAAUAACUUGUUGGUAGGACCAGUCCAAGAGGAGCUUUAUUCAAUUGGUGUGCAUGGUGGGACUAUCGACCUUUCUGGUAACAAAGGUUUGUGUGGAGUUCCCUCUUUGCCACAAUGCUCAUUAUUUUGGGAAAAUGGGCAUUUGUCCACAAGUGGUAAAGUUGUGAUAGCCCUAUCAUGUCUUGUUGUUGUCUCUGUGCUUCUAUUGGUGGUAUGCAUAUACAUCAAGAGGAGUAGAAAUGAUUAUGCCUUUGCUCCCCCUCAUGAUUUAAUGUAGUUCCUACACUAAUCCCCUGGAGGCGAGAAUAUUUGAAGAAUUGGGGUGUAGGCUUAAUACUGUAUCCUUUGUGCAUAUGCCUAAAAGCAACUGUGGCUAAUUGAACUCCAGAAGAUCUUGAAAUUAGAGUUGGAAACCAGAAGAGGCUACUUCAUAAAUGGAAGUGGUUAAUACAAGCUAUGCUACGUGAAAAACAAGUGCUUAAUGAGUAGUGGGAGUAAAAUUAUAUCGCUCAGGCCUGCAUAUUGGAGAAUGUUGCAUACACUCAAUUGUUAUACUCAUAUCAUCCAACAGUAUUGUCAUGGCUCAAGGUUGGCAUUGACGGCAACAGUUUAGCAUUUGAGCUCCACUAAUUUUCAUUGCUAGAUGGUGGUGGUAGUUGUCAUAUUUGUUACAUUUGUUUAUGCCUAGAGUCGAUGAGUGAAAAAGUUGUGCUCACCAAAAAUAUUUUGUGAAAGCAUAUGCUUCUUAUCUUCAAACCUUUCAAGCCCAAUAUUCCAGACAGAACACCCAACAUUAGAAUCCAUAUGGAGUCUUCUUCCAGAUAAAUCUCAGAAGAAAUUGUCUGUCUUGUUGGUGAUCUGUUAUCUCUUCAUCUGUGUUUCUUCCCAACACACAAAUUGUUUCUGUAUUGCAUCCAUGUAGCUCCUGUUCGAAUCUGGGUAGAAAACAUCUUUUGCUUAUAUAGUCACUGUUGUUACUCCUUAGUAGUGUCUUCAGCUUUGGCUGUAAAAGCUGUAAUAGAAGCCUUUCUCCAUUGCGUUUCACUAUUUAAAACACAGUUUAAUUUGAAUUCAAAUUUCGUAUAUAGCUGAAA